AUGGCAAGAAGCGAUCCAGGCGACACCAACUUCACAGUUUUUAUACGGCUACCUUUUCCCAGGGAAGACUUUGUUGAUCCGCCGCCGGUGGAAUGGAAUGCACUCAAGGACCAAAAGCUGUGGGAUAUCUUAUCCCGACCAUCUAAAGGGGACGAUAUAGACUGGAAAGCCUUGGCCGACAACUUUGAUGUCACUCUGCAAUUUCUUCUUCAACAAGCUGCAUGGCUUUAUGACCGACAGCUGUCUCAAGUCCGCGCCCAGAUGCGCAAAGUGCCUACAGCCCAGUCAAAUUCCCCCUCGCCAGCCCCGGGAUCUGUUUCAGGCAGUACCGCAUUUCCCGGGCUAUCUCAGAAAGGAAAUAUAAGCACAGGCCCUCGAGCUCCGAGUCGGCAAUUAUCGCAGCAGAAGGAUAUUCCCCAGCGAGGUCCCACUGGCCGACGUGCUAGUUCUACAUCAACGACCACAGUGAACCAAUUCCAGCACUCUCGGGAUACAUCUCGUAAUGAUACCCCGACUACAGAUGGCCGAGAGCAACGAUGGGAAAGCUAUGUUCGCCGCCCAUCAGUCACAAAGAAGGAAAAUCCACCCGUGGCUUCCUUCUUGCGAUCGCCUCCCCUCGAGGAGGAAGACUUGUCAAGCUCCGAAGAUUCCGAUUCGGAGGAAGACUCAAGUCGGAGAGGGCCUAGAUAUCGACGCUUUGGGAAAUUCUCCACUCAACGAGCCGGCCUCCGUGAUGAUGAGGAUGAUGAUGAAGAAGAUGACACUCCUGCAUUCCUACCUAUGGCUCGUGAUACGGAACCUGGCCCACGAGAUCGGCCAGGUGGAGAGCUUAGUGCGACAUUGCGACUUGACGCGGAACGUGCUGCUACUGCACGGCGACAUAUGGCAGAUCGAUCUGGGACCAGAAGGGCUGCCAAUUUAGAGUCUUCGACGAGUUCUAUAAGCUCCGGAGCUCCAGCAAGUCACACACAGGGGGAUAGUGGCAGAAUUGGCCCAUUGAGUCCCCAUCGAGCCGGGAUGGCCCCCCGCCAGAGCUCUCGCAAGUCAACAGCGUCAGGGCGAGAGGCUAGCGAUGGCACCCCUAGCAUGGGUAGCAGCUUUAGUGACCUCGAUGAUGCCAGCGUUACACAAUCGGCCCUGGAGGAAGCUUUGGCGAGCAACAUGCAACAUGGAGGCAUGGCCAGCCGAAUGAGCACCAUCAGCCAGGCCUUGCGCAGUCGCUACCUGCAAUGA